AUGACGGUAGACAAACACAAAAUUGUGGAGUUACGACACUUGUGGGAUAUUCCAGAAGACAAGAAUGCAGAAGAUUUGUUAGAAGAUGUCAACCUUCACCGUAAAGAUGUUGAAGAAGAAAUUGUUGAAAACGUUGAUGUUGAUGGCACUAUAGAUGAUUUUAUCCAUGACAAGCUAGAUGAUUCUGAUCAUAGCAUGGAAGAUUUUGGUUCAAAGUCAAAUCUGGAUGAUUCAGACACAGACACUGAUAAACCCAAUGAUGAAAUGGAAAAUGAUGAGUCAGACGAUGAUGAUUGGUAAAAGUAGAAGUAUCAAGAAAGGAAUUACAUUGAAGGAAAAAGUAGAAGUAUCAAGAAAGGAAUUACAGAAGGAUGAAUUUGGAAGAAGCUUAUCUUAGAGGCUUGUGCUACAUGGACUUAUGAAGGUUGUUGAUAUGUUGUAGUAGGUUAAUUUGGAUGCUAAUGAUCUUAUUUUGUACUUUGUUGAACUUUGAACUUCUUUUAUAUUUUGUUAGAAUUGAUUU